AUGGCCGCCGCCGGCCGCCCCGACUCGCUGUCCCUGCCUGUUAUCGACGCCGAGGAGAGCGCUAGCCUCACGUUCUCUGAUACUCGCAUAACCGCUCUCGGCACGCCCUCUCCCGCGAGCGCAAACGCACUUGACGUCUCUUCACCUCAACCCCACCGCCAAACCCCGUCCACCGCCAUCAUCGUCGGCGCCUCUGUCGGCGGCGGCGUCGUAUUUCUCCUCCUGCUCACCUUCGCCACAUUCCUUUUCCUCCGCAGGCGGCGAAGGCAGCGCACGCUGUACCCGCUCGGCCCGCUGCAGGCCGCGCUCCCGCUCUCCAAAGAGGCCUUCACGUCGCCCAAGUACAGCAACCACGGCCUGUCCUUCAGCCAGUCGAGCGACUCCGUCGACGCGCUCCCCGCCACGCCCCGCGUCAGCGUCCGGCUCGGCCCCCGCACCGCCGGCGGCCCGCAGUCGCCGCCGGCGUCCCCGAGCCCGAGGAGGACGCGGAAGGCGAGCGGGCUGGGCCCCGGGGCGGGCGCGGAGAAUUCGAAGGCGGAGGUGGUUUAG